ACUCUAAAACUAGUUUAUUGUAAUCAUCAAUCACAACAUGAAAAAAGCCAUCCCUUUUAUUGUCGCCGCCGGUGCCCUCUACUACUACGACCAGAACGUCGACCCCAUCAUCUCCAGAAACUUCCACAGAAGUGUCCCUGCAAAGUCUGCCUCCAACCCAAUAGAGGUGUUCAAAAAGUCUGAACCAGAAAAGGCCACUGAUUCCGUCAAAGCUGCCACCUCCCAAUUCUCCAAGGACAUCGAAUCCAAGUACAACCAAUUUGAAUCCAAGACUAGCGAGUUGGCCAAUCGGUUGUCUUCCACUUUUGUGGAGAAGAAGGACGACGUAUCACGGUACGUCAAUGAGCCCAAAUUCACUGAACGUCCUGCUGGGUUCUUCCAGUCCAAAGUGGCUGCGUAUUUGGACGCGGUCAAUGCGGCCGGCGACAAGUUAUCUGGGAAGUCUAAGCUGGUGGAAGCAAAGGCCCAACAGCAGAAAGCCAGCUGGUUCACGUUUGGAAGCAACCAGCAAGAGAAGUUGCAACAAACCUACGACGUGGAAAGAGCCAGGGCUGCCAAGCAGUACGAGUUGGCCAAGGCCAAGUUGGACGAGUUGAAGAACAGCUUUGACAAGCAGAAGUCACCUGACGUGGCCCGCCAGUUGGAAGCGGCCCAAAAGGAUUUCAACAGCUCUUUGAAUAACUUGAAGGCGUACGGCCGGGACUUCAUUGACCAGACCAACAAGGAUCUUGAAAGUGCUAAAAACUCGUGGUGGAAAUGGGGUCAGAGUAAGCUGGACCAAUUGCAGAAGGAGUACGACUCCAAUAAGGCAGCAGCAAACCUGAAGUAUGAGGCAGCAAAGAAAAGGCUUGAUGAUUUGACCAGACAGGUGCAACUGUCGAAUCCAUUCAAGACUAAACAAGAAGAGCUUGAUCAUUUGCAGGCCGCUAAAGACGAUUUAUCCAGCUCAUACGACAACCUCAAGAAGUUUGGUUCGAGUUUGAUUGACAAAGUCACCAAGUAGGUAGUGCAAUUUAUGUGUAGAUGAAUAAAAUGCAAAUAUGUG